GAAAUCCCUGGGCCAAUGCCAAAACAAAUCUUUCAAAACAUGGAUACAGCGAUUUGUCGCAUCUGUUUGAAUGCUUCUGUUACCUUAGUGGACAUAUUCGCUAAGCGGGAGCAACUUUACAAAGGCCAACCGGAGCCCAGCCUGGCGGAUAUGCUGAACGAAUGUGCUGAUUGCCACAUCAAAAUCAAUGAUGCACUUCCGCAACAAAUUUGCCUGAGUUGCGUACUAAGCGCACAAAACGCGUUCAGAUUUAAGCGCACGUGCGAGGAGAACUACCGCCAACUACUGGCAAGGCGCACGCACACCACACGAUCCGUAAAGAAAGAACCCAAAGAAACGAAAACAAAACCCAAACUCAUAAAGCAGGAGAAAGAGGAAACAAAACUGUAUAAAUGCCAACUUUGCACCAAAGAAUUCGCGCACUUGAGCAUACUAAGACUGCAUAAAAAAUGGCACCUUGAAAACAAAUCCAGCGUCAAAGUCACCGCAUUGCCAAAGCUAAGCAAGUCUGUCAAGCGCAAUUCCCAAUGCUCCAUUUGCCAUAAGAAAUUUCGAACACAUGCACUACUCAGGAAGCAUUUGUGGACGCACAGUAGUGAGCGCCCAUUUUCGUGUACCAUUUGUCCGUCAACCUUUCAAUUUAAGGCAUAUUUGGAGAGGCAUAUGCGCGGUCAUACGGGCGAAUGUCCUUACCAAUGUCCCUACUGCGCAGAAAGCUUUGCAAGAAGUGACUAUUGUCGCAAUCAUAUGGAUAAAAUGCACAGUGGUCUAACUUUCACUGGCAAGUUGCCUCGAAAUACGUAAAAGAAAAUCUUAUGAAUAAGCAUUGAAGACACUGGACGCUUUUGAGCAUCCGCAUUUUUAACAAGAAUGAGAUAAAACUACAAAAAAUAAAGGUCCUAAUUUUUGUAAUUGUGU